AUGCUUCUACUGUGGUUUACUGUGAUCGUUUGUAGCUGUUUAUACAUCAAGCAAACCAACUGUAGUUAUUUCACAAAUGGAGAAACAGAUUUGUUUGUUCGUAAGCAUCCCCAAGAAUUGUUUUGUGAGGCGGAUUUUGUUUUGGCUGGUAAAGUGUUAAGGAUAACGAAGUCUUGCUUAUCACUUCAAGAACGGCACGUGUUCAUAUCGGCCUCGCAAUCACCUGCCGCAUUGAUACCAACCAAUGUCACCGUGCUGGUCGUUAAAGUCAAGCUAGUCUACAAGGGGAGGCGUUUGGUAAAGCAAGGGAACACUGUGGUGCUGGUUACUAGUGAAAAUACAUCUCGUUUAGUCAUUGCUCUACGGAAAUCGUAUGUGUUUACAGGAUUCGUCCACUUGAAGAACGUUCCUACGGGCGUUGGUCCAUGCGCGAGUUUACUUCAUUUUGGCAAACAUGUCUUUGUGGAGAAUCAACUCAACUUCAUGUUAGGAUGUUCGUGGUACCAACUUAGACGUAGACUCUCUGAGCAACAGAGACAUGGCUUGACGGGAGCCUACGCUAAUAGUAACCGAUGCCAGAUUGUGAGAUGUUACGGUAGUCAGGAGGAGCCCCAGCGAUGCUUCGGUGACCUCAAGAGGGCGCUGUUAGGCCAAGGUUGUGUGAUGUAUCGCAAUACUGAGUUGAUUCUAGUUCAGCAGAUGACGUGUUCCCCGUCCUGUGAUGACGGAACCUGCAAGUGGAUGACCUGUGCCUCAAAGAAAAAGUCAUGUGACAAAAAGAGACGACACAUCUCGAGAGUUCUCAGAGAUCCGUUUAGAGAUUAA